AUGGCGGAUCACACCUGCGAGUUCUGUAAACGAAACUUCGCUCGAAGCGACGUUCGUCGACUGCACUAUAAGAAAUGUAGGGCUCGAAUUUCAAGAGGCGCCCAGAUCCCCCAACCAGCCCGACGAGGUCGGAAAACCAGAUCUUGUGAUUCCUGUGCUCUAAGUAAAAGGGGGUGUGAUCAGAGACAACCUUGCUCUGAUUGUACCAGUAGGGGCUCAAUAUGUACCUACACUCGAGCCCCAACCGGAAAAGGCUUUGCAGGCACUUCUGCGGAAUCUGCUGGACCGGAUGUCGAAGACGGUGACAUUGUGCCCAUCAAAACCUCUGGAGUUUCUGUCACUGGCAUUGAAUCGGCUCCGGAAUUUAUAUCAGAGCUACCAAAUGCAUCCAACAGCUCACAGUGGCUCACCCAUUCACAAUCUACUGCUGUCAAAAGCACCUCCGUUCUGGCUUUCCUUCGUAACUUCACUUCUUCCAAAGGAAUAGCUACGGGGUUUCAAUAUUCGUCCCCCGGCGGUCAAUGGCAGCAGUUUCUACCCGAAAAUUUUAUGAUCGAGAUGCCUUCGGAUGCGCUAUCAAUGCUCUCUGACACGUCUUUCACUGAAAUAGGGGUACCAGCAGUACAGCAGAUAGUGGACUAUACAUCAGCUACCUCUUCAUGGCUGCAAUUCGACAGCCUUGCAUCUGGAGCUCGAAAUGAGUUCUGGAAUAUCAACACACUUACCGUUGGCAGGCCCAUCGGGACCUUGGACCAUCUCACUGCCAUAGAUAUGGUCGAUUGGAUUAUAGACCCACUCUUCCCGAAAUCGCGAGAGAUACUUAUGAGAUUUCGAAAAAUCGGUCUUCCUGGACAGCUGGCUGAGCUAGCAUCUGCGUCCCCCGCAAUGUCGCUCCAAAGUAGGCAGUGCUUGCAAUUCUUUAGUCCCCCAAACAUCAGGCGACUCAUUGAAUGGUUUUGGAACUUUUGGUAUCCGCAUUGCCCGAUUAUCCAUUUCUCCACUUUCAACUUGAUCACUGCGCCUGCGCCGCUUGUAAUCGCGAUGGUGCUUCUUGGGGCAGUAGCUUCUCCUGCUAGCAAGGAUAAAGAUCUUGCUAGGCGAUAUUUUGAUCUUGCCGAACGAAUUGCUUUCGAGGACUUUGAGAAUACCGAUCAAUGCUCCAAUUUAAACGGAUCGAGUCGAGAUAUUCCUAGGCCGACUGGGCUUCAAACGACCUUCCUCAUUUGUUGCCUCCAGAACUGGGAAGGAGACAGCGAGGCAAGCGCGAGAGCAAGGCGGGAUAGAUUCAGUACUAUGGUCAACGUAAGCCGGGUUGUCGUAAAUAUUUGA